UUGUUCGCUGGACUCCUGAAUGCGCUUCUUAGAGAAGAGACUACCGAAAAUAUCGCCUCGUGAUGAAAUGUACUGGAUACACGCGCCAGAUGCAUAGAAAUCAAAUCUAUUGCGAAAUAUCCCGUAUUGUCGGAUAAAAUCAAAUCUACCGUGCAAAGCAGAAACUCCGUUUGCAUCCUCAUCUGGAUUUACUCUGGUUUCCUCGCGAGGGAGGAGCAGCAGCAUCUACCACAGAACCACGCCAGUGUCAAACUAUUUAUGAAAACUUGAGCCAGCGAGAUUCAAGCCCCUUCUUUUUUUUCUUCCUGGAGGAUAUCUGGCUCGGUGGAGAGAUGCAGACGGGAUUUCGAUUCAGUUUGACCCCCGUGAAAGAGCCUCUGGGUUUUGUGAAAGUCGUGGAGUGGCUCACGGCUGUGCUUGCAUUCGGGACCUGUGGAGGAUAUACCGGCAGAAAUGUGGUUUCUAUCUUCUGCGGCGGAAGCAGCAAUGAUACCCUCAGUGCCAUUUUCACCUACCCAUUCAGGUUAAACCAGGAGCUGCUGGUGGAGAGCAACACCACUCUUUGCAAUCGCACAGUUCCUGCAACCCAUCUUGUAGGAGACUCGUCGUCCUCGGUGGAGUUUUUCGUGGCUGUGGCCAUCUUGGCUUUCCUCUAUUCAAUGGUGGCUCUGCUGGUCUAUCUGGGCUACAUGCAUGUGUACAGAGACUCAGACUUCGGCCCUAUGUUUGAUUUUGUGCUGACAGCAGUCUUUGCGUUCCUGUGGCUGGUGUGCUCGUCUGCAUGGGCUCGAGGUCUGCAGACGGUGAAGGACGCCACCAGUGCGGCUGGCAUUGAAUCCACUCUGGCGCUCUGUACGGACAGAAAUGUCAGAUGUGAAGUCACUGAUUACGCCAGCAUGCGCUCGCUCAAUAUAUCUGUGAUAUUUGGUUUCUUGAAUCUCAUCCUAUGGGUUGGGAACGCCUGGUUUGUGUAUAAGGAGACGCGCUGGCACUCUCAGAAGGUCAACGCUCAACAAGCGGCAGGACGGGGUCCAAAUCCAGCACCCAUCUAAACAAUUACCCCACAGCAUAACAAUGCCCACCGUAGCCGUUAUGAAAAACACACAGUAAUGCCGUGUUCAUUUGUGAGAUUUCGCUCUUCACCUUUUCUGUUUCUUGUGUACUUGAAGAAAAUAUCUUUUUUUACCUUGGUUAUAUUUAUAUUA